AUGGUGGCUAGAAACAUUUCACUGAAGAACACGAUUCUGCUCGUAUUAGAAGGUACUGGUUCCGAAGACAGCCUACAUUUGGACGCUUCUUCGGAGAGCUUGGAAGAGUUUGAAGAAAAUUCUCCCGGACCUUGGAUGCCGGAGGAGGAAGAGGAUGAUGACGAGGAGCGGAAAAUGGAAGACGAAGAUGAUGGCGGAGGUGAGAGCGAGGAGGAGGAGGGGUGCGGAGAUGAACACCAUGUUGAAGCAGAUAAUGAAAAUGAUGGCGAUCAGGGCGGAGACCAUAAUGAGUGGCUUUCAAAAAAUCAAAAGAUAUUAUGGUCUCCCAAUCACGAGGUGGCCAGACCUUAUGUCCCCCCUCCCAUUCCUACCCCCGGGCCAACCCUCUACGCAGUGGCCAGAAUAAGCAGCCCCGAAACUGCGUUUGAUUUAUUUUUCAACGAGGGCAUCAUACAACGGAUUUUGGACAUGACAAACCUCCAAGGACGCAGGUCAGUCAAUUCUUGGAACACACUGACUGUCGAGGAGCUGCGAACUUAUUUGGGGCUACUGAUUCUGGCAGGGAUAUACAAAGCGAAGCACGAGCCAACGAUCAGCCUAUGGGACAAAGAGAGUGGAAGGCCCAUCUUUUCAAAAACUAUGGCCCAUGGACGUUUUUGCCAAAUCAACCGGACAAUUAGUUUUGAUGACAGACUCCUCAGGCCACAACGUCACCACCAAAAUAAAAUGUCCCCUAUCAGUGACAUAUGGAAUAUGUGGAACGCCCUGUUGCCGAAAAUGUACAACCUUGGCAGGGAGAUAUGCAUUGAUGAGCAGUUGGUUUCAUUUUCGGGCCGCUGCUCAUUUCGGCAAUAUAUGCCAUCCAAGCCGGCUAAAUAUGGCCUGAAAAUAUGGACACUGUGCGAUGUCCGCACUUCAUACGCCUGGAGCAUGCAAAUGUACACAGGAAAGCCUCCUGGAGGCCAGAGAGAACAGGACCAGGAGAUGAGGGUGGUUUUGGACCUAUGUUCCCCAUUGGAGGGCCACAUACUGACCACAGAUAAUUUUUUCACCUCUUUCCCCCUGGCAGCUGAACUUAAAAAAAAAAAAAUGGCAUUGGUAGGAACAAUCCGCAAAAACAAGGCAGAGCUUCCUCCACAUCUUGUGAAGGUGACUGGCAGAGAGGUCCUUUCCAGCCUUUUUGCUUUUUCAAAAGAUCACACGUUGGUCUCCUAUGUUCCAAAGAAAGAGAAAAAUUUCCUGAUCUUGAGCACGCGGCACACAGAACCGGAAGUGAUGAAGACAGGAAAGAAAAAACCAAAAGUCAUUCAUGACUACAACAAGACCAAAGGGGCUGUGGAUCAUCUAGACCAGGCCUGUGCCACAUACUCCUGCCGCCGGCGCGCAGUCAGUUGGCCUCUGUGUGUGUUUUUUCACAUGGUGGACAUUUCGUCCUACAAUGCAUUUGUGCUUUUCACGGAGAUCUACCCAGACUGGAACAUGAAGAAAAGCUACAAGCGGCGACUUUUCCUUGAGGAACUAGGCAAGGCUCUAAUUCGGCCUGAAGUUCUGAAACGGGAAGCACCGCCCUCUGCCGAAGGCUUGGUGGAGCAGGCAGAGCAGCGACCUGGACCCCCGUCUAAGCGCAAACAAUACGAUUCCGGUUCUGAAACGUCAGAACAUGAGUCGGCGGAGUUUUCGCACAAUUAUCAGCCUGAUGCUGACGACAACACAGAGGAGGACAGCUCCGAUUGGGAAGAAGAGGAGGAAACCUCAGAUGAUGCUGCGGAAGCGGUCGGGCAGGACCAGGAUCCAUCGGGCGCCGAUCAUACGGUACAGAGCUCGAAAAAUAAAAAAGUGAUGUGGCAUCCAACCAACGAAGUGGCUGGACAUUACGUCCCUGCACGAAUUCCCACACCUGGCCCAAGGUUGUAUGCAGUAGCCAGGAUCAGCAGCCCGGAGACAGCGUUUGCGUUGUUUGUGGAUGAGGAGAUCCUUGAGAAAAUAGUUGCAAUGACCAACCUCCAAGGGCUCCGAACUUGCGCGGACGUCCAAAAGACCGGAACUCCAUCCUCCUCAGAAGUCAGUGCUGGCGUGAAGGAAGGUGGUACAACAACCACCAGCACCAGUUUGCAUGGACAUGGUACACAUACAACACGAUUGGCUAUUCCUGGUUCCACCAGCAGGAAAAGGAAGCGCCUGUCCCUUAACACAGACCUUAGUCUGGAGGCACUGCUGAAAAGGAUGGAUGACGCCGACAGUGCCCGACAAGCCCAUGACACUGCAGAGUUAUCAAAUUUAUUGCAGAUGCAGGAGGAGGCCAGUGAGCGUUAUAAGAACUUGUUCAGGCAGCAACAAGCUACAACCCAGCUGCUUCUAAAAAUGAUGGAAAGACUGACAAGAUCUCCAUCAUCUCCGUUGACCCAGCCAGCCUCUCUGUGA